AUGACUCUAGAUAAUUUUUGGCACAGAGUAGAAGAUGUUCGUGAUGAUGAUAUAGAUUGCAAAGGAGAAGGAGUUGUUGUUAUUUGUGAUGAUAGUGUAGGAUAUUGUGAAGAAGAAGAAAUCAUUAUUAUUCGUGAUAAUGGUAUAGGUUAUGAAGGAAAAGAGGUCAUUAUUGUUCAUAAUGAUAGUUUAGGUUAUCUCAAAAGGGUAGAUUUUAAAGACAUUGUGGUUCGUAAUGAUUUAAUUGAUGAUUUUGGUUUAGUUUUAUGUUCUUCUUCCUCUACAUCACUAGGAAUUACAAGAUAG